AAAGAAAACACUGAGAGUUGGAGAGAGCGAGAGAGAGGGGAAGGAGGAUGAAGAGGACGGCGAUGGACAACGCGAUUCGAUCAUCGGUGGUGGUUUUGGGAUCAUUGGCGUUCGGGUACAUGUCACUGGAGCUUGGAUACAAGCCUUUCCUUGAAAAGGCUGAGCAAUACGAACGAUUUGUUCAAUCUCAAACCUCUCAGCACCAACAACAACAAGAUGGACAAGAAGAAGGGAGAUGGGACAAUAACAAUAUCGAGGGAUGGGAGGAGAAAAAGUAGAUGACAGAACCUAUGAAUGUGCAAGCAAUGAAGAAACCUUGUUGCUUCUUUUGUUUUCUUGAUCUCAGAUCAUUCUGUAACCGUCAUUCACUCAGUCUUACCCCAAGUAUAGUACAAUUUCUCUAAUUUUUUUUAUGAUGCUUUUAAAAUUGAAGUACUUGUAAGAACAGCAACGGUACACAUCUCUGUUCUUUACGAUAAUGGCUUAAUCUGAAGCGAACCAUGAACAAUUGUGAAGUCAAACCACAGUUACAGGUUUUCUUUGUAAUCAUUAUUUUCGUUACCAAAUAAUUUUUUCCUUAUUUUUCUAUAUCCAUACAAUCACUUUCAGCUUCCACUAUGCACUGAAAUACAAAUAAUUUAUAUUAAAAAAAAUGCAGUUCUUGACUUGACUUGGCUGUAUCCUACUGUUUCCUUAUCAAUUUACGCCUCUUUACUCUUUUCCGAUGUUAUUUCUUCUUUCUAUCUGAAAGCUUAGUGAUCAUUUUCUUCGUGAUGUUAUCCAUGGCUUCUUCUUCAUCUUUGUCUCGCAGUUGGCUGUAUCACGUCUUCCUGAGCUUCCGUGGAGAAGACGUGCGCAAAGGCUUUCUUAGUCACGUUCUGAAAGAGCUCAAAAGCAAGGGAAUCAUACCUUUCGUUGAUAACGAGAUCAAGCGAGGUGAAUCUGUCGGUCCAGUGCUUGUACUAGCGAUCAGACAAUCAAGGGUUGCCAUUGUCUUGCUCUCCCGUAACUACGCUUCUUCAAGCUGGUGUCUGGAUGAGUUGGUGGAGAUCAUGAAGUGCAGGGAAGAGUAUCAACAAACUGUGAUGACCAUCUUCUACGAAGUGGAUCCAUCAGAUGCUAGGAAGCAGACCGGAGAUUCCGGAAAAGCCUUUCAUGAAACAUGUGUGGGAAAAGAAGAAAAGAUGAAGGCAUGGAGGCAAGCUUUGAGUGAUGUCGCGGGUAUAGCUGGUUAUCACUCUAGCAACUGGUUCGUUCACCUUUACUUCCACUUGUGUAGCUACUUAUCAUGAUGUCUGUUUUAAUGAGUGGCCUCUGUUUUUGUUAGUGACAAUGAAGCUGACU